GCGCGAGCCCGGCGGCCCGCGCGCUUCGGGGAUUCCGAGCCAUUCCGAACCCGUUGUGGAGAAGGACCUGCCUGCCGGUAGCUCCGCGUCCCUGACUUCGCCCGUCCGGCGCGCUCGCCCGUGGGCCAUGACCAGCAGACCCUGAACGGGCACCGACCCGGCUCCGGGAACGCGAGGCUCCGCGGCGCCGGCCAUGGGCAACUUCCAGCUGGAAGACUUUGUGGCGGGCUGGAUCGGAGGUGCAGCGAGCGUCAUCGUCGGCCACCCUCUGGACACAGUCAAGGCUCGCCUGCAGGCCGGCACUGGCUACGGGAGCACCCUUAGCUGCAUCCGCACUGUGUACAGGAGGGAGAGUGUGUUUGGCUUCUUCAAGGGCAUGGCCUUCCCCCUCACCAGCAUCGCUGUCUACAACUCAGUGGUGUUUGGGGUCUUCAGCAACACACAGAGGUUCCUCAGCCACCACCGGUGCCAGGAGCCCGAGGCCGGCUCACCCCGCGUGCUGUCUGACCUGCUCCUGGCCAGCAUGGUGGCUGGCGUGGUCUCUGUGGGGCUGGGUGCGCCCGUGGACCUCAUCAAGAUCCGGCUGCAGAUGCAAACACAGCCAUUUCGGGAAGCCAACCUCGGUUUGAAGCCCAGGGUGGCAGCUCUUGGGGAGCAGCCAGCCUACCAGGGGCCUGUGCAUUGCAUCAUAACCAUCGUGCGGACUGAAGGCCUGGCAGGGCUGUACCGGGGCGCCAGUGCCAUGCUGCUGCGGGACGUCCCGGGCUACUGCCUCUACUUCAUCCCUUAUCUGUUCCUGAGUGACUGGAUCACGCCCGAGGCCCACACAGGCCCCAGCCCCUGUGCUGUGUGGCUGGCGGGAGGCAUGGCAGGAGCAAUUUCUUGGGGGACAGCAACUCCUAUGGAUGUCGUGAAGAGUCGACUGCAAGCUGACGGGGUUUAUAUAAACAAAUACAAAGGUGUCCUGGACUGUAUCUCCCAGAGUUACCAGAAGGAAGGUCUUAAAGUGUUUUUCAGAGGCAUCACGGUCAAUGCCGUGCGGGGCUUCCCCAUGAGCGCGGCCAUGUUCCUUGGGUACGAGCUCUCGCUGCAGGCGAUCCGCGGGGACCACGUGGCGACCAGCCCCUGAGCGCAAGAGCCAGCAUCACCUGACCAGGGCCUCAUUCUGCUACAGCUGAUACUGAUGGCGGCAUCUCUAGAACCUGCGGUAGCGAAUUUACUGAAGAGAAAGAACGCCUCCCCGCCGACCCUCAGCCAACCGGUCUCACCUCCGGAAUCCCUGCUUUCCCAGUUGCAAGCACUCUUCCUCACCUCUGGGCUGGGGCCGCUGAGCUGCUGCCUUGGAAGGACCUUUGAUUCAUGACCAUCUAUUGCAGAUCCUCACUGGCACCUGAUAUCAAGCAGGAUCAAAUGGACCCUGCCCCCAAGACUGCUGUAAACUCACUGGGAAUUCACAGAGGAGCUGGAGUUGUCUCGAAGCUCCCAAAUAAAAACAUUUCUGUA